AUGCUCCAGACCCCGGAAGACAUGGCCUGUGCCCUUCUCUUCUGGCUUCUCCUGUUUACGGCCCUUGCAACCCCCUCCCAAGGCAAACGCCUUGGCCCCACGCCGCGUCUGCGUUAUUCCAGGUUCCUAGACCCUUCUAACGCUGUUUUCCUGCGCUGGGACUUUGAUUUUGAGGCUGAGAUCAUCACUUUUGAGCUCCAGGUCCGGACAGCUGGCUGGGUGGGCUUGGGUGUCACAAAUCGCUACAGCAGAGCGGGAAGUGACCUGGUUGUCGGAGGCGUCUUGCCUGACGGCAAUGUCUAUUUCUCGGACCAGCACCUGGUGGACGAAGACACCCUGGAGGAGGAUGGGAGCCAGGACGCAGAGCUGCAGGGGCUGACGGAAGAUGCCGUCUACACCACCAUGCGCUUCUCCAGGCCCUUCCGCUCCUGCGACCCUCACGACCGAGACAUCACGAGUGACACUGUGAGGGUGCUGGCCGCCUACGGCCUGGAUGACACCCCGAAGAUGGAUCGGGAGCGUACAUUUGUGAAGCCCAUCUUCCUGCUCCAAAUCAUCCACCCUGAUGAUCUCGAUGCCCCCGAGGACACCAUCAUCCAUGACUUGGAGAUCACUGAUUUCCUCAUUCCAGAGGAUGACACCACGUACGCCUGCACCUUCCUCCCUCUCCCCAUCGUUAGCAAGAAGCACCACAUCUACAAGUUCGAGCCCAAGUUGGUCCAGCACAACGAGACAAUUGUGCACCACAUCCUGGUGUACGCCUGCGGCAAUGCCAGCACUCUGCCCACGGGCAUCAGCGACUGCUACGGGGCCGACCCCGUCUUCUCCCUCUGCUCACAGGUCAUCGUGGGCUGGGCUGUCGGGGGCACAAGUUACCAGUUUCCAGACGACGUGGGCAUCUCUAUUGGGACACCCUUGGACCCCCAGUGGAUCCGCCUGGAGGUUCAUUACAGCAAUUUUCACAAUCUGCCUGGUCUGUAUGACUCCACGGGGAUCCGAGUGUACUACACCGCGCACCUGCGCAAGUAUGACAUGGGCGUCCUGCAGCUGGGCGUCUUCACUUUCCCCAUCCACUUCAUCCCCCCCGGCGCCGAGUCCUUCAUGUCCUACGGACUGUGUAAGACGGAGAAGUUUGAAGAGAUGAACGGGGCUCCGGUGCCCGACAUCCAAGUCUUUGGCUAUCUGCUGCACACCCACCUGGCCGGCCGCGCUCUGCAGGCGGUACAGUACAGAAACGGAUCUCAGCUCCACGUAAUCUGUAAAGAUGAUGCCUAUGACUUCAAUCUGCAGGAGACUCGAGAUUUACCUUAUCGAGCGGUGAUCAAGCCGGGGGAUGAAUUGCUGAUAGAGUGUCGCUACCAGACGCUGGACCGCGACUCCUUAACUUUUGGGGGUCCGAGCACCAUUAAUGAGAUGUGCCUCAUCUUUUUCUUCUACUAUCCCCGAAACAACAUCUCCAGCUGCCAGGGGUACCCUGACAUCAUCUACGUGGCCCACGAGCUGGGGGAGGAGGUAUCAGACUCCAUGGAGGGCAUAAUGGCCCUGAGCAAUGUGGAGUGGACCCUGGAGAGCAUUAAGAAGGCUGAGAAGGCCUGCAAGGAGGCCCAGCAGACAGUGAUAAUAAAGACUAUUGAUGAGCUAGUGGAAAACACAACAGGCUGGAUUCGGGACAUCAACCCUACUCCCCGGGGUCCUUGUUUGGAGUCCUCUGGAGGCAAAGUGGAGCCCCAGGACAAAACCCCUGCAGGCUUCAGGGCAGCCCCCGUGGUCCUCUCAGGGUCCAGCAGUGUCCCCCUGAGGUGCCUCCCCCUGGCCGCCCUCUUGUUUGGGCAGGGGGCCCUGUCUCGGCUCCUUGCCACCGUACAGGCUGGAAUCUGA